GUCUUUUAUUAUUAAGACCAUUCACCAAACUCCCUCUAUUGACACCAUCAUUGACCCACCCCAUAAUACACAUGAUCCUACAUCUUCUUGUACACUUCAUUCACACAAUUGUAUCCCCCGCCUCGCUUUGGACCUCCCCCCACCUUAUCCCGUAAUCGUCCACCAAUUCCCAAUCAUCCUCUUCUCACCUGUACGACCGACCCGGCCCUUGAACUUGCCUCCAUACAUACACACACCAGACACCACACACCAGACACCACACACCACGCACCACACACCACAUACUACAACACGCAUCACACACCGGUUCCUUCGACCUCAGCUCCUGUUUCCCCGUCUCUUCCCACCCUUCCCUCCCCUCUUCUCCCCUCCCAAUUCCCUCUCUCUGUCUCUCACACUCUCCCUUCGUCCCUUCUCUUCUUCUUCUCUCCUCCUCCAUCAUGCCUUCGACCGAGUAUCGCCAUAUGCGCUCGGGCAGCCUCAGCAUUGCUUCGCCAAAUGGACAUGCGCCACCCGUAAUGGGACCGUUACCGCCUUCCACACAGAGAUUCGAGGGCCCGAGAAGCCCACCGAAUACUUCUCACGUCCCCUGCAAAUUCUAUCGUCAGGGUGCCUGUCAGGCCGGGAAUGCCUGUCCCUUUAGCCACGAUCUCGGUGCUUCCGCUGAGACGGUCUGCAAGUAUUUCGCCAAGGUCCUAGGUCUUGGAUCGCAAUGCAAAGAAGCACCGCGGGGGGGGGAUCAUCGGGAUGAUCCAGCCUCCUUCCCAUUCCAAAUCAACGGCCCGCCCACAUUGCAUUGCCCCUCGGGCAACUGCAAAUUCGGUCCCAAGUGUGCCAACAUUCACGUACUCCCCGAUGGUCGGCGUAUAAACUACGGAAAGAAUGGCGUCACCAUCGGCGCUGUUCCCAUCGGCCUCGCUGGUCGAACCAACCCGACAGCACCAACUACCACCGCCUAUAACCACGCCGCCACCACCACCACCACCACCACCACAAGCGCCUUGACCUCGGGUCUUUACCACGAUGGUGUACCUCCCUAUACCCCGACAUACCCCUACCCCGAGAAUCGCCAGCCUCACCAGCUCGGGCGCCAGCCGAGCCUGGAGAACGGCCUCCCCUCUGCUGACGCCGCCGCCUACUCUCUUGCCGGCUCGACCUACGGCUCCCCGCGUGACGAUGAUCCUUCGAGGCUGGGCCUCCUCGCCCUUUCGCCCGUCAACGGCAACGGCAACGGCAACGGCAAGACUCUCUCCGUGCUCGAUGCGCCGCUACCGGCUUCCUUCGACUCCCAAGGCAUCUCCAACGCCGCCCGAUAUCCCGCCGCGCCCUGGCCCUCGUCCGUGCCCUCCAAGUUUGGCAUCGACUCGCCCUCCCCUUCACUCAGCAGUGCGAAAGAUACCCGUACCUCCGACACCCUCAAGAGCCUCCAUAACUCGGCCUUUGGCGGCAGCGAAUAUCUCUCCACCUCCAGUGCCGCCGCCGGCACCAGCCCGCCUAGUGCGCCCGUGGGCCUGGGCGAGGAGUACUUUGGCCGCCGACCCAUGCACUCGAGCCGCUAUGCUAGACCUAAGAUGAUGAGCUCCAGCCUCCCGAAGCCGACGGUGGACCGUGACUGGGACGCCGAGUUCGCCUUCUACGAGGAGGACUACCUGCCCCAGAACCUACAGGACCUCCUGACCCCGGCCGAGAAAGCACGAAGGGGGUCACUGCGCGCCGCCGAUGCCGAGUUCGGAGGCGAGAACGCCGUCAAGUUCGGCAGCCCCAUGGCCGGCGCGAGCCCCAGCCGGUGGGGACCCCUGUUCCAGCGCCAGAAGGAGGAAGAACUCGACGCCGGUCGCACCACCAACAAGCGCGCCCCUUCGGCCUUCGGCCACGUCGGCAGCCCGCUGCGCAACUCGGUCCUCUCCAACGGAAUGGGCAACGGCAGCAGUGGCCUUGUUGGCGUCGGCAGCAUCUCCAGCCGGACGACCCCCGGCAGCCGGUCGGGCAGCGAUUCCGCCUCGGCUCUCACCCAGCAGCUGCAACGAACCCGCCUGCUCGGGGACGACAGCCUCAAUAACAACAGCCCGCGGCUCCACCCCAUGAUGGCCGUGGGUCGCACGCCCGGGAACGGUGCCAUCGGCCCUGUCGGCAGGGAACGCGAGAGAGCCAUGGAGCGACACGUGUCGAGCGGUUCCAUCGGCUCCUCGGGACGUUUUACUACUCCUGUCGACGAGGAGGAUCCCGCCUUUGUGUUCAGCAUGGAGGAAGAUGGCGAUGAGCAGCAGUCGGCCAGACAAAGAAAGCGAGCCUCGUCCGGCCUCGGUGUGGCCGGGACAGGAUGGAGCUAUGCAGGUGUCCUGUCCGGUAAAACGACAUCAACGUCCGGGUCCGGCCUCGCCAAGGAGUCCCGCGAGCCUUCAGUGACUGUGGAGACCGUGGGCGGACGAUGAUGGUAAUGAGCCGAGGCAGACGAAGAGAGAAGAAGAAAAAAAAACCCCUCUUUUCUUUUCUGAUACGACGAAAAGCAUAGCGAUGGUACAUACGGUCGGGGG